AGGCGUAGCGGCGGACAUGGCGGAGACUUCGACUACAUCGAGUGUCUAUCGAGCGAUUUUUCGGGCGGGAAGGAGGCGAGGAUUCCUCUUUUGCCUCCUCUUCCUUUUUCUUCUUCCUUUCUGGGUUUCUCUCAGGUUCCAAAACGUCUACCAUCUACGGCGUCACAGAGAGCUCACUCAGAAGGCGACAAGUGAAAUACCGUUUAGCGUCACAUGCAAAGCCGUCGAGGUGCCCUCUGACGUUACAAUUGAAAAGGUAGAAGUCACGAGUAAAAAGCUAGACACGCUCUAUGACGUCAAAGUUAAAAAGAUAGAUAAACCCAAUAAUUUUGCAAUUAUGAAGCGAAAUGCACCUCAUGACGUCACUAGUGUAAGAUUAAAGAUACCCUCUAGCGUCACCAGAGAAAAGCUAGAUAUGCCGCGUGACGUCACUAGCGAAAACUUACCAUCCUAUUAUGAUGUCAUGAAGAACGAUGACGUCAUGAACAGCAAUGUUGCUGAGGGAAGCAACAACGGAAAUGAAAAGCAAGAAAAGAUAAUUUUACUGUGGAAGAAAUUUAGGAGGAACGUUUCGGAAUGGCGACACAUAUUUUCCAGACAGGAGCGGGGCGAGUGCGGGGACGCGCCGUGCCGUGUGCUGUACAACAAGGCAUUCCUCCGGGAGGCCGACGCCGUGGUGAUCAGGCCGACCGUGCAUCGCCUGCCGCGCGUCAGGACGCCGAGCCAGCUUUGGGUUCUGUUCUCCGUGGAGGCCCCGACGCACCCCGAGUGGAACAUCGCCCAGGGCAAGAGGGGGAUCUUCAACUGGACCAUGACUUACCACCGGGACUCUGACGUGAUCAUGCCCUUUGGUCGCGUUCUGCCUCGCCUUCCCCAGCACCGUCAGGAGAGAGAGCGCGAUUACUGGUCUGAGAAAAAUGCCUCGCGAUUGGCUGUGUGGAUAACAUCGCACUGCGAAACCCCAUCGAGACGCGAGGAGUACGUGGCUUCUCUUCGUCGGGUAGUCGGCGUGGACGUGUACGGGGCGUGUGGGAACCUCACGAACGGCACCCGAGACACCAUCGCCUACAUGCCGAAGGAGGUGUCCAGCUCCCGCCUCGGCAACUCCUACAUGUUCUACCUCGCCUUCGAAAACUCAGUCUGCGAAGACUACGUGACGGAGAAAUUCUUCAAGGCCCUGGCCAUGGACGUGGUGCCCGUGGUGCUGGGCGGGGCCAACUACUCGUCCAUGGCGCCCCCGAACUCCUUCGUCGACGCCAUGGACUUCGCCAGCCCCGUCCUCCUGGGCGCCCACCUGCUCUCGAUCGCUCGCAACCGCUCGCUUUAUAACAGCUUCUUCGCGUGGAAAAGCGAGUACCAGAUAGACCUCGGCUUUCCUUUUUACCCCCUGGUGUGUGAUCUGUGCAGGAAGUUGCAUCAAAACAGUCGGCAAAACGUGAAAACUUACACGGAUGUUGAGAGUUGGUUCAGAAAUGUAUCUCGCUGUCAUCCGUGGCAGAGACCGGGCCGUCAGCAGGGUCGAUUAUCCUGAACUGGGAAUUCCGCGAGUGAAGAAGUUUAGUCCAUUCUCCGUCAGACUCUCUCUCUCUCUCUCUCUCUCU